AUGAAUUCCAACGUGGGAAACGGCGAGCACAUGAGUGUGGGGAAUGUGUGGGCUGAACUGCCGAUUCCCUUGAGUGAUAUCUUUCAACAAGAGGUUGCCCCAUACUUGAAAGUGGUAGAUUUUGUCCACCUCUCGGCAGUAUCAAGAAGGUAUCAGAUUCUCUUUGGUGCUACUGGUAGCCAGGGAAGCACCAAGCCAUUGGCAGACCUUUUGCGUAGGGAAGCAGAUCACCACCCACCUGGCGGUGGCAGCCUUUACUAUACAAACCAGCUUCCCACCAUCGGCAAGCUCACUGUGGAGGAAUCGCUCCAAGAGGAUCCCUUGUUGGUUGCUCAACUUCGCAAGGGAGCAAUGCGCCGGCGCAAGCUUAUUCUACUGCAUUAUCCUUCACAAAGAAAUCAUGAUGAUAGCGAUGAUGAUAGCGAUGACGAUGAGCAUCAGCAUGGCUUGGAUGAAGGAUCACAGCUGCAACUCCGGACAGUCAUUCGUUCCUUUCUACCAAAGAACUAUGUAGAAUUGAACAGAAUCAGGGCCGAGUUUUACCAAAGAGUUGGGUCUUCUGAGGCACCAUGUGGUAGCACUAGCUUUGUGGCAGUCAAUCUUUCAGGUGUUGAUAUCUAUUGUCAUUGGAUUGAUUUUGAUGGAGAAGUUACUGUUCGAGAUGGAGAUAGAAUCCCUCCUGGACCCAAUGGCAAUGAACAGCAACCUUCAUUUGUCGUGAACCACAAUUCAAAUCAACAUUCCAAUCCAAGGCACGUUUUUGAACAUGGGAGUUAUGUCACUCAUGCAUUUGCCUUGUGCUUUCAAUCUGGUGGCCCACCCUUUGCUAUUUACCAACCUCGGACGUGGUGA